CCACAGCAGAGCAGCAUGAGCUCAGCCUUUGGGCUAAAUUUACUGCACUCGUUGUUGUCUUUACGGGAACACGCUGGUUUCUUCUCACUACCUCUUUUCACACUCGGCUGCAGCUUCAACCCGUCCAGCUACUUCCUGUGUGACACUCAUCCUCCUCUGUCCUCUCAGCACAUCGCUGUCACCUCGUGUCAGGGAUCAGGAUUUUAUAAGAUGGGACAACACGGCCCCCUCUACUUCACCUCCUUCCUCUUCUUCACUUCCCUGAUCUGGGCUCAGCAGUUCAGCCCAAAUGAGAACAAAUCAUCCUGCACUCGCUGUGACCUGCAGCUUGUGUGUAACUGCUCAUAUGGUGGAUUCAUUUUUGUUCCCAUGGUAACCGAACGGGCCCUGACCCUUGAUCUUUCCUUCAACAACAUCACCGUGGUGAAAAGUAGCGACCUGGCAGACCACGCACUUCUGAGGGUCCUGAGUCUUCGUGGUAAUAAAUUGUCUGAGAUCCAUCUAUCAGCGUUUGACCCCCUGUGGAGCCUGGAGGAGCUCGACCUUUCAGACAAUGAGCUCGCUGUCCUCAGCAACAAAUGGUUCAGUAAGCUAGCGGUUCUGCAGAAGCUCAACCUACUCAACAACCCAUACAGCUGCCUGGGCUCUCCUCCAGUGUUCCAGGGGCUGCUCAGGCUGAGGACCCUGGCCUUUGGAGGUUUUGCUCUGACUGAGCUUAAGAACGGGGAUCUGUCUGGAGUCACUCAGCUGGACGAGCUCACUGUGCACGCCAACAACUUGAAAAGCUACGAAUCUGAAACUCUAGCAGACAUCUGGCCGCUGGGUCGAGUUAGUCUGAGCCUCCGUGAAGCGUUUGUGACUGACAUAGCUUUAGCCUCUGCAGUGCUCAGGGACCUGUCGCACCCUGAGACACCGGUCACUCUACAGGACAUCCAGUUCAACACAAAUCUGUCCUUUCAGCCCAUCAAGGAGAUGUGUGACAGGAGAGUCAGGUACAUGACAUUUCACAACGUUUCUGUGUCUGAUAACGGCAUAGUGAACCUGCUGGUGGCCAUGGAUGGGGCUCCAGUUACCUUACUGUCUGUGCACGGCAUCACACUGAUGGGCCACGGCAGGUGGGAAAAGGCCAGCUGGACCGAUCACAAGAGUAUCGAUGAAUUCUUUUUACAAAACGCUGUGGUGCUGGACGUCUUCCAGUUUGUGUCAUUACUAGAGCUCAGGUUUUUGCUGCAGUACCCAAGGAAGGUGUCAGUCAUCAACUCUAAGGUGUUUGUGAUGCCGUGUAACACGUCCCGCCUGCUGACCAACCUGCAGUACCUGGACCUGUCUGACAACUUGCUGACUGACAUGACGGUGACGGAGACCCUGUGUGACGGAGACGGCUCCAUGAAGGACCUUCGAGUCUUAAACAUCAGUGGAAACGCUCUGAAGUCUCUGUCUCUGAUGAGCAACCUGGUCAAGAGACUCUCCAAACUGACCCUUCUGGACAUCAGCAGAACCGGCUACAGCUCCAUGCCUCAGCACUGCACUUGGCCCGUCACAUUACGACUGCUGAACAUUUCUAUGGCAAAACUCAGCACCGUCACUUCCUGUCUGCCCAGGUCUCUGGAGGUGUUAGAUGUGAGCAGCAAUGAUCUCAAAGAGUUCACUCUGGACCUGCCUGCCCUGCGAGAGCUCCACCUAUCUGGAAAUAAGUUUCUGAGGCUGCCCCCAGGACGUCUGUUCCCCAACCUGGAGACACUGACAAUACAGUCAAACACAUUGAACAUGUUUGGCCAUUUAGACCUUCAGUCAUUCAGACGACUCCGGAACCUGCAGGCGGGUGAGAACAAGUUUGUCUGCUCCUGUGAGUUUGUUGCCUUCUUCCAGUCCAGCAUUAAAGGAGGUGGAGACGUCCAUUUAACAGAUGGCGAGCAGCGCUACGUCUGCGACUCUCCGCUCUACCUGCAGGGGGCGCCCGUGGGUGGGGUCCGCCUGUCUGUCUUUGAGUGUCAGCGGGUUUUGUUCGUAUCGCUGAGCUGUGGGGUGGCGCUGUUUGUUGGGGUUGUGCUGUGCGUGCUGCUGUGGCGGCUCCACAUCGUCUGGUACCUCCGGAUGAUGUGCGCGUGGCUCAAGGCCAAGCACAGCUCCCACCGGCCCUGCCGACCCAAAGAUGCGCUGCUGCCCUUCGACGCCUUCGUUUCAUACAGUGAGAGAGAUGCUUGCUGGGUGGAAAACUUCUUGGUGCCUGAGUUGGAGAACCCAAGGGAGACAGAUGAGGCGUCUGGAAAUCCCAAAUCCUCCCGUCCGCUGAACCUGUGCCUUCACAAACGAGACUUCCUUCCUGGUCAGUGGAUUGUGGACAACAUCAUGAGCGCCAUGGAGCGCAGCCGGCAAACCGUCUUCGUGCUGUCUGAGAACUUCGUCCAGUCUGACUGGUGCCGCUACGAGUUGGACUUUUCCCACUUCUGGCUCUUUGAUGGGAAGGCCGGCAGAGAGGCAGCCAUCUUGAUCUUGUUGGAGCCACUGUCCAAGGACGACGUCCCCAAACGGUUUUACAAGCUGCGCAAGCUCAUGGGCUCCACCACUUACCUGGAGUGGCCUCAGGACGAGGAGCGCAGGGGGGAGUUCUGGAGGAGCCUCCGCUGCGCUCUGAGGGGAGACGAGGACUGAAAGCUAAGCUAAAGCUGCCAUGGAAACAAAUAAUGUAACAAAAAGUAAGACAAAUGGAGGAAAAGUCAAAUUUCAAUAACAUACAAACUUUUAUACUCAUUGGCAGCUGAAGGUGCGUCACAUCAUGAUAAAAGCAAAUAAUUAAUAUGGUAAAAUCAGGAAACCAGAACAAGGUUGAGUAUCACUCAUCUGCACACUGUUCCAUGUGUAACCGGUUGCAUUCUGCGUUGUGUAGUUUUAAAUAUUGACUCACAGCUGGGAUUCAGAACUGUCCAGUUUAUUCUGGUAAAAAGAACAAAACAACCCACACCAGGGUAAAUGUCUGCCCUCUCUCCUGUUCCUAAACGCACCGGACACAAACAUGAAGCUAACGUUAGCUUUGUACAACUUCAAGCUAGCGGUAUCGACCAACAGAACUAAACGAAAAACAAUGUCUGGGUUGUAAAGUUAUUGACAUACUGUGCAUGUAUAAAACAAUAAUGACAAAAUGAGAUAACAAAUAUAAACAAUCUGAACAACACUUAAUAUAAAACUAUUGGAUAUAUAAUAUAUUGUGUAUAUAAGUGAAACAGCACCCACCUCUCCCACUGGAGUCAUGAGGAAAAGGGGAGAGUUAUGGGGUGCAGCCAACAUUUAUCCCCAAUAUGAAAUGUGAAGAAGAAAGCAAGAGCAGGGUUUUCUAUCAUGUAUUAUAGACAUAAUAGUAUUAUUGUAUGACUACAAUCAGAUCUUGUGUAAUUCUAACAAUAUAAAAAUAUGACCCAGUUACA